AACGGGAUAUACUGGGCGCAAGCCUUUCCUUUUCAUCCACUGGAGUCCAUCCCUUAUACUAUCCAGUUGUCUGAUUCCUCUUCCCAAGUCGGGCUGCCAACAAUUCCAUCAUCAUCGUCUUUACUAUGCCAUAGUGCUCGAGUAACGCUUUCAAAUGGGGGGGAUAGGUCAGCCUGGGUUAUUGCGAUUGCUCUUCCCCUCUUAGAUCCUACCACUCCCGCAGAUCAACAGGACAAACGUCGCCACCGACUACGUCGCUCUCGGCAUCGACUUCGGAUUCGUCCGCUCACUAUAGUUUCAACCACCUUAACCACUUUUACUGGUUUUGCUUAUAGCAGCGCACAAUCAACAGAUACCCGAGCACCAAAGCCAGAUGUUCCCAAUUUCGUUGGUCUUGAGCCUUCGCGUUUAAUUUUACCCCCAGGUGGUUUGCGCGAUAUUGUAAUCGUUCUUCCUCCUGGGCUGGAUGCAGUACGCAUACACUUUUUCCACGGUGAUGAAGUUGUGCGAUCUCGCACGGCUGCUGGAUACUUAAAUUUAGCCUCUUCUUCUGGCACUAUCACUGCUUCGAGUAAGAACCCUGGGACCUACGUUGAAGCUCUCUGUUCAUCCGUCGUAUCUUCUGGCCAGAUGUUAUCGCACCCCGUAUCAAAUCUGCUCCAGCCGAUUUAUGGGUUUCGAUUUGGCGGGCGCCUUCGCACGGCUGAUGUUCUCCAAGCCUUUCCUGAAGAACGUUUGCUCGAGACCAGGAAUGAAUGUGGACAAUUAUCGGCUGACAAAUUGAGUAGGCUAUUCCUUCCAACUCUGUUAUAUCCACCUUUCUUAUUCUUAUAUUUUUACAAUUAA